CCACCACCCAUUUCCUUUUUCCCACUAUCUGAUUUCUGCUACCCAAUUUCACACAAAUCCAUUCAAGGCUUUCCUGUUGCGUCUGUUCUUUUAUCAUGGAAAAUAUAGAACAGAUUCACAAGUUGGAGGGGGGGCUCCGCCACCUUCGUUUGCGGGAUGCUGACGAGCUGGUCAAGUACAAUAUCCCCGUCGAGACUGUCCCUCGCCCGGGUUUUAACACCACCGGAAAGGAGGUUGACAUGCAGUUGAAUGCCUAUCCGAUCACCAAGUUCCCCAACCGCAUCAUCUAUCAGUAUGAUGUCUUGAUUGGACAGGGUACGGAGAAGGCUAUUGUCCACAAGAAGGUCUGGGACUCGAAGGUUCGAAAGAAGGCGCUCAAGAGCAUUGUGUACGACGGCCAGAAGCUUGCAUGGUCGAUGAUCUCGUACCCGGAGUUCAACCAGUUUGUCGAUCUUGACAUUGAAGCGGGACGUGAGGGCGGCAGAGUCGACAAGGAUGGCAAGGUCACAAAUGUCUUCCGCCUGGUGGUUCGCCCCACUCGACAGGUCAACUUGGCAGUUCUCAAUUCGUGGCUCCAGGGGCGCACUUCCUUCGAAGACCCUGUCCUGGAGGCCCUAAACUUCUUGGACCACGUUCUGCGGGAGCAUCCGUCGUCCAAGUUCCAUGCUAUCAAACGUUCAUACUUUGAUCUGAAGGCCGAUCAGGCGGACAUUGGCAAUGGUGUGCUCGCCUUCAAGGGCGUGUACCAGGCCAUUCGACCCGCCCUUAAACGCGGCCUGAUCGUCAAUGUUGACGUCUCGAACACCUGCUUCUGGGCUCGCACCAGCUUGACCGGAGCCGCAAUGGCCGUCACGGAUGCUAGAGACCAUCAGCAUCUUGUCUCCCUCCUCAGGGCUAAGGAUGACGGCUAUGGUGGAGUGACCGAGUCCGACACCUUCUAUGAAGUCCACAAGCGCCUGCGCAAGCUGACUGUGACACCCUACUAUCGCGGUUGCCCUGUCAUGGGUACCAUUUUUACCGUCAAGGGUCUCAUCAACGGCAAUGCCCGCCAGUACAAGAUCGAUUACAAGGACAAGGCUACCGGCAAAGUUACCAAGAUGAGCAUCGAAGAAUACUUCAGGAGCAGAUACAACGUUCACCUGAACGACUGGGCCCUCCCCAUGGUUGAGAUGACCAAGAAGGGUGUCGUCUAUCCCAUGGAGGUCCUCAACAUCGAGGGCAUGCAGCGUUAUCCUUGGAAGUUGAACGAAUGGCAAACUUCUUUGAUGAUCAAAUUUGCGGCGUCUCGUCCGGCCGAGAGACUGAGCUCUAUUAUGAAGUCAAAGGCACUGCUCGACCAUGCCCACGACCCUGUGCUGCAGAAUUUCGGUCUUCAAAUCGAUAACACCAUGAUCAAGUCGAAGGCUCGCCUUCUCCCGAGUCCUGACAUUCAGUUUGGUGGAAACCAGCGCAUUUCCCCUGGAACUGCCGGUCGCUGGGAUCUGCGCGGCAAGAAAUUCUACCAGCCCAAUAAGAGGGCACUUGAGCUCUGGGGUAUCGGUUUUUUCCCCGGAAAGCGCAAUGCGAUCAACUUGAAGCAGGUGCAGACUUUUGCUGAUACGUUCAUGAAGACUUACACCGGCCAUGGCGGUACCGUCACUCAGCGCCCGAUCAUCCUGGAACUGAAGGAAGACAUCGGCGACGCGAUCAAGAGGCUAUUCAACGCCGCCGGAGCCAAGCAUCACACGGCGCCGCAGCUGCUCCUCGUCAUUGUCCCGGACAAGAAUUCGUUCACUUACACGCGUAUCAAGAAGUCGUGUGACUGCCGCUGGGGUGUGCCUUCGCAGGUGCUGCAGUCGGCUCAUGUGGCCAAGGGCAACCCGCAGUACCACUCCAACGUUUUGAUGAAGGUGAACGCAAAGCUUGGCGGAUGCACUUCUCGUGUGGUGACGAAGACCAGCGGUGCAGCCCUGCGACCUGCGUCAAUGAUUAUCGGUGCAGAUGUGACCCAUCCUCCCAUGGGGGUGUGGUCACCUUCCAUGGCGGCCAUGUCGGUUUGCAUGGACUCGUUUGGUGGAGCUUACUGGGGCGCUUGCGAGGCCAAUGGAGACAGGCAAGAGAUUAUUGCACGCUCGAACAUCGAGCACAUGCUGACUCCGCUCGUUCGUGAGUGGAUGUCUACCGUCAACCAGGGAGCAGUCCCCACCAAUGUCUAUUACUUCCGCGAUGGGGUUUCUGGUGGCCAGCACCAGGCCGUGCUCGAGCAGGAGGUCUUUGAUAUGAAGGCCAUCUUCAUGAAGCUGACGAAGGAUCAGUGGAAGGGCAAGUUCACCGUCGUCGUGGCGAACAAGCGUCACCAUAUUCGAGCGUUCCCCAAGGUCGGAGACCGCGUGAGUUCUGAUAAGAAUGGCAACCCGGUGCCUGGAAUCCUGAUCGAGCGGGAUGUAACCAGUCCGCAUGACUGGGAUUUCCUUCUCUAUUCUCACAUUGCUCUCCAGGGUACCGCACGUCCCGUGCAUUACCAUGUCAUCCUCGACCAGAUCGGUCACAAGCCGCAUGAAUUGCAGAAUAUGAUCUAUGACCACUGCUAUCAGUACAUGCGCUCGACCACUUCGGUCUCCCUGUACCCGGCGAUUUACUAUGCGCACCUGAUUUCCAACCGCGCUCGUUCGCACGAGGACGUCCCUGCUAGCUCGGGUCCCCAGAGCGGCGCCAUCAUCAAAUUGACCAACCCCAAGCCGAAGAACCGUCCGGUCGAUCCUACCCUGCUCCCCAUUUUCGGCAAGAAUCACAACCGCCUUCCGUUCACCAUGUGGUUCAUCUAGGCAGCGCGACUGCGGAGGGUGGAGAGAACUUGGAGCGUAUUUCCUUUGUUGCUAUCCCGUCACGUCCAGUACAUCCAGUCUGGCUUUUUUUUCCUUGCUAUGUUAUCCUGCGAUGUUUUCCUUGCUAGUCCGGCUCGAGCUACGGAUCGCACGUCCUCAGAUCAGGUAGCAUAGCCUAGUUGACCGGAACCGACUGCCUCCGGGGCGGAUGGAUCUGGACGACAGGGCAGUGCAGGCCAGAACAGAGGUGGCUUUCCGUGGGGUGCGAGUUGCAAUUUGAGAUUAAUUGAGCUUUAGUUAGUUGAAUCGAUG